UCGUACUGCUUGCACAGCCCUCGAAAAUGAAAUUGUUAACACACAAUUUCCUCACUUCCAAGUGCAUCCGUGGUGUUAAGGUGGGCUAUCCGCUAAAACUGAAUAUUGUGGAGAAGAAAGUCGUUAAUGCUGAUUAUAAUUCGGAAUUCAUCACCCGAAUGCUACCCCGGUUAGAAUGGAGUGCUAUUUGUGUAGCUGCAGCAAAUAUUGGUGCCGACAUUCCGAGCACGAUGCCUGCAGAUAUCCAUAACGAUGCAGAGACGUUACAGAAAUUACACCACAUACUAUUGGAGGUGGACAUCGUCGAAGGCACGAUGGAGUGCCCGGAGACGGGACGCGUUUUUCCGAUCAAUAACGGCAUCCCAAACAUGGUGCUUAAUGAGGACGAGGUUUAACAACCCGUAAGGAUUAUUGCUUUGUGUAAUGUAUAAGUUUAAGCUACCAUGAAUACAAAUAAUCGCACUUAAGUA